CGUGGUUUAUAUUUGGUGGUGCUAAGAUGUACGAAAAAGCAACAGCUUUCUCGGUGGUGCAAUUAACAGUUCUCGAGGAGAAGGACAUGGCAAAGGUUUCGGUAGAUCGUCAAGCUUUGCUCAUUGCCAAAAUUGUGUCAAUGGUGGUGCUAAUUGUGGUGACUGUCAUUUGUGGCAGUUUGCCGUAUAUGCUGGAUCGUUGCCUCAAGUGGACACAAAAGGAUCCGGACGAGACGCGUGCCUCGACGGUGGUGCGUUGUCUGAUUUACUUUGGUGGUGGCGUGCUUAUCUGCACCACAUUUCUGCACAUGCUGCCGGAGGUGAUUGAGGUCGUUGAGCAACUGCAGCAUUGUGGCAUUCUGGAUAAGACACCAUUUGCACUGCCCGAAAUGCUCCUGUGCACGGGAUUCUUCCUUAUGUACGCUCUGGAUGAGGUGAUGCAUGUGUUUAUGCAACGCCAUCAGCGGAAGCUGAGCAGAAAGGAGUCGCUGGCAUGUGAAGCCUUCGAGCGUGGUCAUAGCAUCAGGCAUAGUGUUCUUCUGCGCAGUACCAAGCCCAAGGACGUAUCUUUAACGGAUAAACUGCCGGAACCAACGGAGCAUCAACAUUGCGAUCUUGAGCGUCCUGCAGCCGGACACGGUCACAGUCACAUGCCAGUGGACAGCAAUGGCUCCUCCAUGCGUGGACUGGGCAUCAUUCUGGCCUUGUCACUGCAUGAGCUCUUUGAGGGCAUGGCCAUUGGCCUGGAGGAUACGGUGGGAACUGUGUGGUUCAUGUUCGCCGCUGUUGCUGCCCACAAGCUCGUGUUGGCCUUCUGUGUGGGCAUGGAGCUUCUGGUGGCUCGCACCCGCACCUCCCUAGCCAUCAUCUAUCUCAUAACAUUCUCCAUUGUUACUCCAAUUGGCAUCGGUGUGGGCAUUGGAAUAAGUCAGCAGGCGGGUGCGAAUCAGCCAAGUGUUCCCUCUGGCAUACUGCAAGGUAUUGCGUCCGGCACCCUGCUCUAUGUGGUCUUCUUUGAGAUCCUAACGGAGAAUCACGCUGGCUGGAGAGCCUACGUUGCUGCAGUUGCGGGUUUCGCUCUUAUGUUCGGACUGCAAAUACUUUCUGACGAAGCGGAGGGUGCUGAUAGCGACUCGUGCUCUUAGGGUUAACAUCAAUAAAAUUAUAAAGAAUAUUUUAUUUUUAACUGUAGCUAGAAUAAUCAAUUUACAUUGUAUAUAAAAAGAUAAUUAAAUAUUACUACUAGCAUUUGAAA